CCUCUUUUUAUUCCUUUUCAAUCCAUAAAUCUUAAUUCAUUCACCACUUUCGUUCUUUCAACCCCAUUCAUGGCUUCAGGGGGAACAGAAGCUUUCCCAGAUUUGGGUAAACACUGUCAGCAUCACGAUUGCAACCAGCUUGAUUUUCUUCCUUUCACCUGCCACGGUUGCCAACAGGUGUUUUGUUUGGAACAUAGAUCCUACAAGUCCCACGCGUGCCCGAAAUCCGACCACAACAGCAGGAAGGUGGUUGUUUGCGAAGCGUGUUCCAUGUCCAUUGAGACCACCGGCCACGUGGCACAAGACGAGGUGGCAAUCUUGGAGAGCCACCUCAAGUCUGGUAACUGCGACCCCACCAAGAAGAAGAAACCCAUUUGCCCUGUCAAACGCUGCAAGGGGGUUUUGACGUUUUCCAACACCAGCACAUGUAAAACUUGCCACAUCAAAGUGUGCCUCAAGCACCGUUUCCCUGCUGAUCAUGCUUGUAGCAGAGGAGCUUCAGCUUCUUCCUCGUCUUCUGUGGAUAAUGGUCGGUGGAACAAUCGGUUCUUGGCUGCUCUGGCUUCAAGAACUGGACAAGACUGUGCCAACCCUGCUAAAUCUCGUUCUACUUCUACUCCUAGCACUCCUUCUGUUAAGGCAUAUUGAAUGAUAAUUGCUUUGUGUUGUAUGUUAUGAUUCUUGUGUUAUUUGAUGGCAAUGUAACGUUGCUUUUUUAGUGCAAUUUGAGCGCUCAAAUUGCAUCCAUAAACUACAAUAUUGGAAUCCUUUGUAUUAUAAUUUGUUUUGAUUUAGAUCUUAUAUGUCGUAUGGCACACAUUAAUGUUUUACACACAAAAUAAGGUCAUCGAUAGAGAUCACCUUUGCAAUGUACAUUCUUGUUGUUAAAGACAUACUAUAAAUAUUUCCUUGUCAUGCAUAUUA